AUGGCCCCAAAUAAGAAAAAGAAGAAGCCCGCGGCGAAUUCUGCCCGGGGGUUUGCCACAACUUCCAUUGCUUCGAAGCCCCGCAUCGAACAGCCUGAGCCAGAUGGCCCAUCUUCAAAGGCAACCCAGGCAAAGCCGGGUUCUGGGACGGCUUCUAAUCAAACCCCAGGCACACCUUCAGCAUCUGGCCAGGCAGGACUAGCGGCAUCGGUAGCUCCCCAGAAGCCUGAGCUUACCCCCGAGGAGUUUGAAAGACAGCUUGAGGUGGCGGAACUUCAACUGCUCGUUGAGAAGCAUGCGCCAAAGGUCAGGCGUGACGCCCAACGUCAGAAGGCGCGCUUGGAGACGGACCGCCGUCUUCAAAGAUCCAGCGCGGACCCCAUCAAUUGUCCAAGGUGGUUGCCGCCGGAGAUCAUGGAUCAUGUGCUGGAUCUUAUCAGGGCUGAGAGUCGCUUCGCCGCCGUGAGCAUGUCCUCGGAGGCCGCCUCCACCAAUUCUUCAGGCAAGAUGCCUCCGGAGGAAGACCUGACCAUCAGGCUCUGGACCUUGCAGCAUACUCUUAUUUCAGCUGGUAUUCCUGCAAACCGGAGUCGUGAGGCCAUUUCGUAUGUCCUAGACAUGUCGCCAAAUAUCCCAUCCAAUACAAAGGAUGCUAUCUGGGGUCUAGAGGAAGCUCUCGACUGGCUUGCCAAGGAAUGUGGGCCUGAUGAGCUGCCCGCUUAUGAUGCAAGACCCCGACCGGCUCGUAAACCUUUAGAGAAUGUGGAAGAGGCUAAGGCUCAGAACAAAACGGCUUCCAAACGCAAUGGCUCCAACUCAUCCAAGAAGCCUGCUGCCAAGAAAAAAGUAGCUGUUUUCUGUGAUAGCGAUAUCGAGCCGGAUGAUCUCAUACCUGAGUAUCUGAAAGCCAGGGAAAAGCUCUUUGCAUUAGAGCGGCCAUUACUAGAUACCAAGAGGCGAGGCAAGAAUGCGAGGGGCAAAGGCCCCGAACCCGCUCUGAACGAGGAGCAGGAAAUGGAGAUUGUGAAGUUGCAAGCCAAAAUUGACAGGAUUGACAAGGAUGUCUUGUUUGAUAAAGGUCUUGCGGAGAUGCAGUGGAGAUCCCGAAAGAUUAUAUUAGAGAAAGAGUUUUCUGAAGCUCGAAAACUCGAGUCAAAAGCUCCCCAACCUGAUGAGAACCAAGUCCCAGAAACGAACAAGCCCGGCGGGGGGAACGAGAAUGACGUCGACGACGUCAACUUAGAAGCCGAGAGGAUCGCUGCCGAGAUCCUAGCUGCGAGCAAUGCUGACGAGGACGAGGCACUCGCAGAUCUUUUCUCAAGCCUGCCGACGACGGAAGUUGACCAGGAGACUGGAAAAUCCCAAACAGUUGUGAAUAGUUCUAGCGGAACCAGAUUGGUUAUCAGAGACUUCGCAAAAUGGGCGGGCGUUAACCCUACGAGGAUUUUGCAAGAUUCAUGCCGAGCAAGGGAUUCUUCAGCCUCGAUAGCGUACACUUUGGUGUCUGACUCGGCUUUUGCGAACCGCUACAAGGUCACUAUCGAAUGGAAAACGCCGCAGGACAUCCUUGCCGACAACAUUGUGCCCGAAGUCAGUGUUAAUGUAACACCGACUCGUUCCACCUUCACCAUGGUUUCCGUUGCUACCCCAGAAAAAGCUAAAUCCGAGGCCUUUAUAGCGACCUAUGCCUUGUUCCAUAUUUUCGGAUCAUCGGCGAAGGAAGACAAAGUGUUUCUCAAGCUGCCGCCUGUAUGGAGAGAUUUGUGGGUCGAAUAUUCCGAGAUCCGCAAGAACCAGCUCGAUGCUGCCGAUCGGGCUGAAGUGAGCGAGAUGCGCUCGUUAGUGAGACAACGACGAGACCAGGAACUAGAAGAUGGUGUCAUCCUUCAAGAGUUCCGUGGGAGAGUUGCUGCUAGGAACCAAACGGACAAUAAGGACGAUUCAAGCCAAGACCGGGGCAAGAGCACUGUCGAAUCCGCCGAUCGCCUCCAAGCUCUAUGGGCUGAAAAGAGCAGCACUCGCAAAUUCAACGUCAUGCUGGAAUCUCGUCGCCAACUCCCCAUGUGGAAUUUCAAGUCAAAGGUGCUAGCAGCGAUCGAGACUAACCAAGUGGUGAUACUUUGUGGUGAAACUGGAUGCGGCAAGAGUACUCAGCUUCCGUCGUUCAUUCUUGAGCACCAGCUUUCUCAGGGCAAAUACUGCAAGAUAUACUGCGCAGAGCCACGGCGAAUCUCGGCCGUCUCUUUGGCGCGCCGUGUGAGUGAAGAACUCGGCGAGAACAGGGGCGACUUGGGCACCACUCGGUCACUAGUUGGCUACUCCAUCCGAUUGGAAUCAACCACGUCUAGAGAAACGCGCCUAGUUUACGCGACCACGGGUAUCGUUAUGCGCAUGCUCGAGGGCUCGAAUGAUCUCACGGAAAUCACUCAUCUUGUGCUUGAUGAAGUCCACGAACGCUCUAUUGAUAGCGACUUUUUGUUGAUUGUGUUGAAGAAGCUCAUUAAGCGGCGACCGGAUCUCAAAGUGGUUCUCAUGUCCGCCACUGUCGAUGCAAACCAGUUCUCGAGGUAUCUUGGAGGCGCCCCGAUCCUUGAAGUUCCCGGUCGCACAUUCCCGGUUCAAACACGAUACUUGGAAGAUGCUGUCGAACUUACCGGGUAUUCCAUUGGCGAGGAUCGCAAGACAGCUGAGAUGAUUGACUUGGAUGAUGACAUACCCGAGCCAGAACCAGAACCCGCAAAGGCCGGCUUGAUGGGAGAUUUAUCUCAGUAUUCGCCCAGGACAAGAACCACUCUUUCACAAAUGGAUGAGUACCGAAUCGAUUUCGAUCUUAUUGUCCAGUUGAUUGCUAAGAUUGCCGAUGACGAGUCCUACACUCGGUAUAGCAAGGCUAUUCUAGUGUUCCUCCCUGGUAUGGCGGAGAUUAGGACACUCAACGAUAUGCUACUUGGAGAUCCUCAUUUCGGCUCCAAUUGGCAGAUAUAUCCCUUGCACUCGAGUAUUGCGACGGAAGACCAAGAAGCUGCCUUCCUCAUUCCGCCGCCCGGUGUCAGGAAAAUCGUCCUUGCGACCAAUAUCGCCGAAACUGGUAUCACCAUUCCCGAUGUCACCUGCGUUAUUGAUACCGGAAAGCAUAAAGAAAUGAGGUUCGACGAAAAGCGACAGCUAUCCCGCCUCAUCGAUACGUUUAUCUCUCGCGCAAACGCCAAGCAGCGUCGCGGUCGUGCAGGUCGUGUCCAAGAGGGCCUAUGCUUCCACCUUUUCACAAAGCACCGGCAUGACAAACUCAUCAGCGACCAGCAAACCCCCGAGAUGCUUCGUCUUUCGUUGCAAGAUCUCGCUAUUCGCGUAAAGAUCUGCAAGAUUGGCGGCAUCGAAGAAACGCUCAAUGAAGCGCUCGACCCUCCCUCUCAGAAGAAUAUCCGCCGUGCCAUUGACGCUCUCGUUGACGUGCGGGCUUUGACGGCGGCCGAGGAGCUGACACCCCUGGGACGGCAACUAGCUCGUCUCCCUCUGGACGUGUUCCUUGGAAAACUCAUUCUUCUUGGCACAGUUUUCAAAUGUUUGGAUAUGGCUAUCACCGUCGCAGCGAUCCUCUCCGCCAAGUCACCUUUCUCAGCCCCCUUCGGCCAGCGGACUCAGGCAGACGCUGCCAGAAUGGCCUUCCGACGAGGCGAUUCAGACCUCCUCACCAUCUACAACGCCUACGUCUCCUGGAGGAGGGUUUACCAGCAGACCGGUAAAGAUUUCCAGUUCUGCCGCAAGAAUUACCUCAGCCAACAGACGCUGGCGAACAUCGAAGACCUCAAGGGUCAGCUGCUCGUCGCCUUGGCCGACUCGGGCUUCCUCCUCCUCGCGGACGAGGAGCGCAAGGCCCUGAACCGGAUGCGGUAUUCUCCGGGCUCUCGCAGUCGAAGGCAGCAGAAAUUCUACGAGAUUCCCCAGAGAGUCGAUCUCAAUAGCGACAACGAUGCCGUGACUGCCUCGGUAAUCGCGUGGAGUUUCUAUCCUAAGCUGCUCGUGCGCGAUCCGCCGGGCUCGAGGCCGCUGAGGAAUAUUGGAAAUAAUCAGUCGAUUAGUCUGCAUCCGUCGUCGGUGAAUAGGGGCCAGCUGGAUCUCAGAUGGCUGUCAUACUAUCAUAUCAUGCAAGCAAAGCAAGUAUAUCAUGCCCACGAAACGACGGCUGUCGAUCCGUUCGCCAUCGCUCUCCUCUGUGGUGAUGUCCGCUGCGAUGUCUUCUCGGGUGUCAUCACCUUAGAUGGAAACCGCGCCCGCUUUUCCGUCCCCGAUUGGAAGACCAUGCUCGUCAUCAAGGUCCUCCGCGCGAGGCUGCGGGAACUCUUGAAUAGGGCUUUCAGGCAGCCUGGGAAGAUGCCCACGGCACAGCAGUUGCGGUGGCUAGAUGUGUGGCAGAAGAUCUUUGCUCUACAGGAGACGAGAGAUGCCCAGAGAUGA